UUUGCUCUCUUCUUCCCUCUGUCUUUUUUUUUUUUUUUUGGUUCUCAACUAUUGGUCCUCUUUAUUCCCUACAUAGUUUAAGUCAACAUAGCAAAAAUUGCCACGUAAUAUCAGCUAUUCAUCCUCAUUCCAAAGUCUUCAAUAUAGCCAUCCAAGGUUGUUCAAGUUUGGGUUUUGAGAGUGAGCUCAACAAUCAUAUUGUGAUUAAAGUCUCAUACUUUGGGAGUUUUCUAAAUCUGGGUUUUUCAAUUCACGGCUUCUCAACAUCCGUUUCAAGAUUUAUAGCACUGGCUGUUUGGCUGACACGGAAAACGCCAAUAUGAGGUAGUCACCAAGUCUUUUUUUUUCGAUUUCUGAGAUUUCCUUGGAAACAUGAUUGUGUCUGCUCUAUUGACAUCUGUUGGUAUCAACACUGCUCUGUGUGUGUUGUUCUUCACACUGUAUUCUAUAUUGAGGAAACAACCAAGCAAUUAUGAGGUUUAUGUGCCACGCCUGCUGACUGAAGGAACUUCUAAGAGGAGAAGUCGUUUCAAGUUAGAAAGACUAAUUCCUUCUGCAGGUUGGGUUGCAAAAGCCUGGAGGCUUUCUGAGGAGGAACUGUUUUCAUUAUCAGGGUUAGAUGGUGUGGUGUUUAUGCGCAUGAUAACCUUUAGUUUGAAAACGUUUACCUUUGCUGGGAUUAUUGGGAUCUUUGUGCUUCUUCCAGUCAAUUGUUGGGGAAAUCAGCUAAAAGAUAUUGAUAUUGCAGACUUUGUCAAUAACUCCUUGGAUGUGUUCACUAUAUCAAAUGUAAACAGUGGCUCUCAUUGGUUAUGGGUCCACUUCAGUGCUGUAUAUAUUGUCACUGGAUUCAUAUGCAUACUACUUUUUUAUGAGUAUAAAUACAUAUCUUCUAGAAGAAUUUCUUACUUUUAUUCUUCCGAACCUCAGCCUCAUCACUUCACCAUUUUAGUUCACAGCAUUCCCACUUCCUCCUCAGGCAGCAUCAGUGACAGUGUUCAGAGCUUCUUUAGUGAGCUUUACCCUUCUACAUAUCUGUCACACGUGGUUGUUCGCCGAACAGGCAAAAUCCGUAGUCUUGUAAACGAAGCAAAAAAAAUGUACAAAAGGGUUACUCAAUUACGAUCUGAUUCCACUCAGCAGAAGAAUACGCAGCGUGGUUUUCCUGGACUUUUUAGCCGAAAAAACAGUGUUAUAUAUUAUGAAAAGAAAUUAGAGGACAUUGAGGAGAAUGUGAGAUUGAAGCAGUUAGAGGCUUCAUUGGCAGGAGAAGAGGCUCGAGCAGCUUUUGUGUUCUUUAAGUCUCGUUUUGGUGCUGCAACUGCUUUUCAUUUACAGCAAUCAGUCAAUCCCACCCAUUGGAUUACUGAGCUAGCUCCAGAACCUCACGAUGUGUACUGGCCUUUCUUCUCUGAAUCAUUCAUGCGAAGAUGGAUUUCUAAGUUGGUGGUUGUACUUGUGUGUACUACUUUCACUAUUGUGUUCCUUAUACCUGUAGUAAUCGUACAGGGGCUUACCAACCUCAAUCAAUUGGAAAUUUUAUUUCCCUUCUUGACAAGUAUUCUAACCAUAAAAUUUUUCAGUCAAAUAGUUACGGGAUACCUUCCCAGUCUUAUUCUUCAGUUGUUUCUGAAAUUGGUGCCUCCUGCCAUGGAGUUCCUAUCCUCCAUUCAAGGAUACAUUUCACAUAGUGAUAUAGAAAUGAGUGCAUCUAGAAAAGUGCUGUGGUUCACAGUAUGGAAUGUUUUUUUCGCAACUGUAUUUUCUGGCUCAAUUCUAUCUAUGUUCAAUACCCUCCUUGAUCCCAAGAACAUUCCUGGGAAGCUGGCUGUUGCAGUUCCAGCACAGGCAUCAUUUUUUAUUACCUAUGUUGUCACGCAAGGAUGGACAAGCGUGUCAUCAGAACUCUUCCGUGUAAUUCCUUUCAUUUUCAGUUGGAUAACGAGGCCUUUCACCAGUCAAGAUGAUGAAUUUGAAGUUCCAUCUACUCCAUACCACAAGGAUAUUCCAAGGGUCCUUUUCUUUGGACUUCUUGGUAUUACAUAUUUCUUCCUAGCUCCAUUAAUUUUGCCGUUCCUCUUGGCCUACUUUUGUCUUGCUUACAUCAUUUUUCGAAACCAGUUUAUAAAUGUAUAUGCACCAAAGUAUGAUACAGCUGGGAAAUUUUGGCCUAUUAUACACAACUCAAUGAUAUUUUCUCUGGUACUCAUGCACAUUAUUGCAGUGGGAAUCUUUGCUUUGAAAAAGCUUUCUCUAGCAUCUACUUUGACGAUGCCCCUACCAGUCCUCACACUUCUCUUUAAUGAGUACUGCCGAAAACGAUUCCUGCCCAUAUUUGUUGCAUAUUCUGCAGAGAGUUUGAAAAAGAAGGAUAGGCAAGAUCAAAAUGAUGCUACAAUGACACAGUUUUAUGAGAAUUUGGUAAAUGCUUAUAAAGACCCUGCAUUGCUUCCAAUUCAACAUUCACAAAACAAUGACAAUCUUCGCAGUCCCCUUAUAUCUCAGGCUUAAUGCUAAGGCACAAUGUCAUUCAAUAAUAAACCAGUUGUGUUGGUUCUUCCCAGUAUAUGAUGCAAAUAUUCAUAUGUCAAGGGCAAUGAAGUGCAAAAGGGGCUUGUAUAUGCUUGUUUGUAUAGAUGGAAAAGUCUUGAAUUCCGAAAGAGUGGCCAAUUUUUUCCAGCUUCUUAAAUGAAGAGCCUAAAACUUGCAUAUAGCACUGAAGUUAUCUUUUGCCUUGGCUCUUAAACCACUUUCCUCCUUAUUUGCGUAUAUUUCUUACUUUUCUUAAUUAUUUGCAGAGUAAAAUAUUAAAUGAUAUUUAGACUUCCAAGAUAUUGAACCCUUGUAUUUUUAUUGAACAUUGUUUUUAACAUGCAUUCUCUAAGGAUGCAUCAUGCACGUUAACAAAAAUUUAAGAAAUGUUAAAUACUUGCUUUAUUAUUAGGUGAAAA